AUGCAUCAACACCCGCGCCGGUCGCCGGCCACCGCCUCACCAGCUUCCUCUCCCCGGACGAAUCCCACGCGGACGAACAACCCCAGAGAAGAGAGCUCGAGCUCCAGGUUAGCAGCAGAAAGGGUGGGAAAUGACGAGGCUGAUGAAGGCAGUGGGGACAGUGGUGUUAUAGCGGCCAGCGGUCCAAGUCGAGAUGUGGUGAAGAAGCUGGAUCAGAUCAUUCAAAAUUUCCACUCGAAGGCUGCCUACCUGGUUCUACAAUCCCGGGUGCCCUUACCCGUGGUGAUCACCAAAGACGGGACGAAGAAGUUGAACAAAUGGUUCCAAAUCGAAACCGACGACACAAGCGCCUUCAAGGACGAUCUGAGCUUGUGGAAGACGUGUGGCGGGUACCAAAAUCGACCUCCACCUCUCGUGAUAGAGAGCUUCAUCGACACCUCGAACCUCACCACGAACCAGAGCCUGGUAAUUGUUGACGAUCAAGGGAAGAGAUGGGAUGUCCUAGAGGCUCUGAACACCCCAAGCCGAGCAAGAAGGAAUACAGAGGUAAUAUUAGAACGGUGGAAGAUCGAACUUAAAGAUAGUCCCGGGGAGAGGACCCACGACUUUGGCUCCACACUGCCCACUGUCUACAAGAAGUGCAUUGUCUUCUUUCGCUCGCUGUAUGCGACAACGAAAUUCGUGCCUGCAUCGAGAUUUGUAAGGAGCCUGGGGAAGAACGGAGCAACAAGCAACUCGCUUCGGGUCAAAUGCCGUAUUCUGUCUGGUAAUGCCCAACGCGGUCGAUUCGAUGCCCUGACCCAACCCCUCAAUGGGAGCGGAGGCCCUGUUACCACGCAGUAUGAACUCGGGGCCACCGAGACACCUGUAGGCCCCUUCUCUGUCGAGGUUGAGUACCGACAUGAUUGUAAUUUCCGCGUCGACGACUCCGAAGCGCUUCUCAGCUCCAGAUUCAUGGGUGUAGAUGAGCAUUUCUUCCAGCCAUCCUUAGCUGCCCGAGGAGACCAUCGUCGCGGACCGGCCCAAUCCGAAGCCGGAUCUCUACCCGCGCACCGACAACACCGAAGAAAUGAACCCCCCGAACCGAUCCAGGCUUACGGCAGUCUCUCCACGUUCCACGGCGAUGCCCCUCCACGGGGCUCAAGCCCCAUAUCUGCUCUCCGAGCCGCCAAAACCAUGGGGUCGGAAACGAGCUCUCCGAGUUCAAGCUCGGCUCCCAAAACCAGACCCAUGCAAACGUCGAGGGCUUCAUUGAUCUCAUUGGAAGGUGUCCAGACAGCCCGAAGACCCUCGGUGUCGUUUCAACCGUUCAAAGCAGGCUCGCUCUCUUCUUCACCAGGUGUGAAUAACCCACUGCAGUAUGGGAGCGAUGCUCCCCCGCAGUCGCCCCAGUCCCUGCCACGAGGAUCUGGAAUCAGCGCGUUGACGCAGGCUCGCAACCGCUCUUCUCUGACGGCGGGAAUGCCCGCAAGUCUCCGCGGUGGCCCUGUGAUACCGUCUGAUAAUGUGGUCGCAACUUCUGGCUCGAGCUCACCGAGGCCUGCUCCUUUGUCCAAAUACAGCAGCAGUUUCACGCAUCGGCGUGGGAGGUCUUCCUUCAGCGGUGCGAGCAAGAUGGUCGAUGAUGAUCAAGGGAGCAGUGGCAAGCACAGCUUUUCGUCCUCCGUCCAGCCGGGAUCCGGGAUCCUGGCGGAUCUCGGCGCAGCUGGCGGAAGCUCCGAGUCCUUGCAAACCGACGAUGACAAUAUCUCGGACUUUCUGAAGCUGUUGGACAGUAACAGGAACCUACCGAGUUUCGAGCAGCCGGGCGAGGCUGCAACGAAGCGAACAAGUGCCCGGCUUCUCAGGUAUCAGGGGAUGCGGGAGUCGAACAAUGUCUUGACAGAAUCCCUGACUUCGUCAGUCAUGCUGCAUCGAUCGUCAAGUUCCUCGAGCCGUCACUUGUCCAGCGUGCCGCCCAUGGUUGCGGCAACUUCGAUGUCCGUGUCUUCAUCACCUGGGAAGCCAGUGUCGCCGCACACCCCCCACACACCAGCUAUCCCCUCGAGACUGAGUGCCAAUGCCACCGCGGACUAUCCUGAGCCUCGGAGACUCAGCUACCGCACUAGAACAGCACCCGCCGCGCCGGUCGAGAAUAGUGUGGACGAUGACCAGGCCAACGAGCUUGGUACGAAUGCGAUCGACAUCCCCACAUCGCCGCGGACGUAUUUCCCACAUGCAAGAAGAUCCAGUUCGGUAGCUCAACAGCACCGAGGGGAGGACUUGAGUGAUCUCCCGUACGGGGUUCAUCGUAGUGUUAGUCUUGGAGCCGAUGACCGGGAGCCACCUAGUAUGAGCGCUCUCUUGGGCCUGGACCCAGCCGUUAGAAAUGUUGCAUCGGCCUCGUCUCCGUCGCCGUCACGCCUCCUGCAACCUGCACCUCGCAUGACGGAGUCCUCAGCGGCCAUGUCUCGCCAACCGUCGUCGUCCUCACUGGACCCGCCUUACCCGCACGAUGCUGAAGGUCCGUCCCUCCCGCGAGGUGUGUCUGCUGGGUCUGCAAGAUCGAGGCUCUUGGGCCGGGCACCUAGCGGGCGAGGCGCGACCCCUCCAGCCGCUUCGUCAUCGAGUCUCAUCGAACGAGGCAGUGGGAGCGGUACGAGUGAGCGAGCCGGUGGCCGACAUAGCUAUAGCAGAGUAGCUGGAUCGUACGAGCCAGACGAUGAGCUCCUCUUCGACAUGAGUGAACUCGGAAGAGAGAACUCGCGGAAAAGUCUAGAAGAGAGCCGCGGCGGAAGCACUGGGUUGGGAGACAGGGGUGGAUAUGAUUCGCAGCGAGGAGGUGACUCCGGCUCGAGCAGUCGCCGAGGCAGUCGGAGGGGCUGGUAA